AUGACGGAACGACGGGAUGUCGAACGUCGAGAGGAGGCGCUGAAAUGUUUAAUUGAGGUAUGGAUCAAGAGGGAUGGAUAUUCUCACCUUGGCGAUCUAGCGGUACGCAGUGAGAUCGAUGAACGGCGAGCGCUCUUGCUGCUCCGCUUAUUGGAUUUUCUUUCACGAGACACGGAACGAGACACGGAGCGAGAUCUGGAGCGAGAUCUCGAGCGGGAUCUCGAACGAUCGGCAGCCCUGACAACUUUCUUAUUGCGAGGAGUGAAACGUCCUUUGGCAUCACGUUGUCUCAACUCCAUCACGAACACCAGUUGA